CGAGCCCUCCUCCUUCCUCAUUUCGUCCCCAACCUCUUUGUCUCUCCACAUAGCGCGCGCACAAACACACACAGUCGCUGUUUUGAUUUUGUUGGUUCAUAGUAGGUUAGAAUGAGCAGCUGGAGAACCCUAAUUCUGCGGAUCGGUGAAAAGUGCCCUGAAUAUGGCGGAAACUCAGACCUCAAAGAUCACAUUGAGACAUGUUACGGCGUAGUCCGGCGAGAGUUAGAGCACUCUGGCAAUGAUAUUUUGACUUUUCUACUCCAAUGUGCUGAACAAUUGCCUCACAAGAUACCUCUUUAUGGAACAGUGAUUGGUUUGUUGAACUUAGAAAAUGAGGACUUUGUCAGAAAAGUAGUGGAGAAUACUCAAACUAAUUUGCAGGAUGCUCUAGAUUUUGGUAAUUGCAACAGUAUUCGGAUACUGAUGCGGUUUCUGACAGCUAUGAUGUGCAGCAAAGUCCUCCAACCAAGUUCUUUAGUGGUUGUCUUUGAAACAUUAUUAUCAUCGGCUGCAACAACAGUGGAUGAGGAAAAAGGAAAUCCAUCUUGGCAAGCACGUGCUGACUUCUACAUAACUUGUGUUUUGUCCUGUCUCCCUUGGGGAGCAGCAGAACUCACCGAGCAAGUUCCAGAGGAGAUCGAGAGAGUUAUGGUUGGGCUCGAAUCCUAUUUAAAAAUUAGAAGGCGUGUUUCCGACAUUGGUUACUCUGUUUUUGAAGAUGUUGAUGAAACAGAAAAUGCUCUCAGUGAAAAGGACUUCUUGGAAGAUUUAUGGGGCCGCAUCCAAGAUCUAUCCAACAAUGGGUGGAAAAUUGAUAGUGUUCCCAGGCCUCAUCUUUCGUUUGAAGCUCAACUAGUUUCUGGUAGAUCUCAUGAUUUUGGUCCUAUAAGCUGUCCUGAGCAGCCGGAUCCACCUGCAGCUUUCUCUGGGAUCACCUAUGGUAAACAAAAGCAUGACGCUGAGUUGGAAUAUCCUCAGAGGAUACGCAGGCUGAAUAUAUUUCCUGCAAGUAAAAUGGAGGAUAUAGAUCCUAUAGACCGCUUUGUUGUGGAAGAGUAUUUGCUGGAUGUUCUUCUGUUCUUGAGUGGCUGUCGAAAGGAAUGUGCUUCGUACAUGGUUGGUCUUCCUGUGCCUUUUCGAUAUGAAUAUCUCAUGGCAGAGACAAUAUUCUCACAGCUUCUAUUAUUGCCUCAACCCCCAUUCAAACCAAUAUAUUACACAUUGGUUAUUAUUGACCUCUGUAAGGCACUUCCAGGGGCCUUUCCAGCGGUUGUAGCUGGUGCUGUACGCACUCUUUUUGAUAGAAUAGCUGAUUUAGAUAUGGAGUGCCGAACACGCCUCAUCCUUUGGUUCUCCCACCAUUUAUCAAACUUUCAAUUCAUUUGGCCAUGGGAAGAAUGGGCUUAUGUUUUAGAACUUCCAAAAUGGGCCCCGCAACGUGUGUUUGUCCAGGAGGUUUUGGAGAGAGAAGUCCGUUUAUCAUACUGGGACAAGGUUAAGCAGAGUAUUGAGAAUGCCCCUGCUUUAGAGGAAUUGCUUCCACCAAAAGCUGGACCAAUCUUUAAAUACAGUGCAGAAGAUGAUGGAAAUAAAACUGAAUAUGCCCUUUCCACAGAAAUCCGUGCCAUGGUGAAAGGAAGGCAAACUGCACGUGAAGUUAUUUCAUGGAUGGAAGAAAGUGUAAUUCCAAUUCAUGGUUUGGAUAUUACCCUCAGACUGGUUAUUCAAACUCUUCUUGAAAUUGGAUCAAAAAGCUUUACUCAUUUGAUCACAGUCUUGGAGAGAUAUGGCCAAGUGAUUGCAAGAUUUUGUCCUGAUCAGGAUAAGCAAGUCAUGCUGAUAGACGAAGUGGGCUCUUUCUGGAAGAACAGUUCUCAAAUGACAGCUAUAACCAUUGAUCGAAUGAUGGGUUAUCGUCUGGUAUCAAAUUUGUCCAUUGUGAGAUGGGUCUUCUCUCCAGCAAACAUUGAUCUAUUUCACACCUCAGAUCGGCCAUGGGAGAUUCUUAGAAAUGCUGUUAAUAAGACGUACAAUCGUAUAUGUGAUCUAAGGAAAGAGACUUCAUCCCUCAAGAAGGGUGUUGUGUCCGCUGAAAAUACUGUAACUAAAGCUAAAGCAGAACUGGAGGCUGCUGAGUCAAAGCUUACACUUGUGGAUGGUGAACCUGUUCUUGGUGACAACCCUGUGAGAUUGAAGCGUUUGAAAUCGAACGCUGAAAAAGCAAAAGAGGAUGAGGUUUCUGUUAGUGAAUCUUUAGAGGCGAAGGAAGCUCUUCUUGCUCGGGCCAUUGAUGAAAAUGAGGCAUUGUUCCUCUCCUUAUACAAAAACUUCUCGGAUGUUUUGAUGGAACGUCUAAGUGAUGUUAGAGAUGGAGGAUUACGGCGGUCUGGCCGGUCAGAUGAGAUGGCCAUAGACCUGGAAGAUUCAUCUGCAAUGGAGUUGGACAACGAGAAUGAAAGACCCAAGAAAAGUCAUUCAAAUGGGGAAAGGGCCAGCAACGGCUAUAAUGUAGGUGAAAAGGAGCAGUGGUGCUUAUCAACCCUGGGCUAUGUCAAGGCCUUCUCAAGACAAUAUGCUUCUGAGAUUUGGCCUCACAUUGAGAGGUUAGAUUCGGAGGUUUUAACAGAAGGUGUGCACCCUCUUUUCCGGAAAGCCAUCUAUUCUGGUUUGCGUCGACCUUUGAACGAGCAAUGAUCUAUUCUCUUCAAUUUAUCUUGUAACAUAUUCUGUAACUUUCACAUCGAGCGUCUUUCUUAAUAUUGGCUGAUGUAACUGGAAAAGAAUUAUAUUUGAAGGAAUGACAUCCUGAGUUAGUUGCAGCAUUUGUAGUUAGGCUGGUUUUAAUUGUUCAAUUAACUUGCAGCUAGUGAAAUUCUAAUCUAAAGCAGCCAAGUGUAGUUGAUAAAUGUGAAUUCGACAGUUUCUUCUAGAGAAA